UUUUUGUUGAAUACAGUAUUGUAUUAGUAGUUGAAAACUAAUAGUUUGGACUUUUUUUUGUGUUUUUAAUUAGCAUUUAAUUAUCACAUAAUUAUCGUAUACUUUAAAACACCAAAAAAUCAUUACUAUAUUUAGAGAAACGUUUUGAUAAUUUCUGAUUCAUUUAUAGUGAAUCACACCAUUCAAGUGGUUCAUCAAAAAAAAAUUUAAAAUUUUCAAAAACUAAUACUACUUCAGCUUAAAAACAAUGUCAAAGAAGUAUUACGCCGUACGUGAGGGCCGCGAGUCGGGUAUCUACGGCACGUGGAGUGAAUGUCGGUCGCAGACCAAUGGCUAUUCGGGAGGCGAGUUCAAGAGUUUCGAUACUCAUCAGGAGGCUCAACAAUACAUGAAUGGUGGCGGAGGAGGAGGUAGUAGUAGUAGUAGUAGUAGUGGUGGUGGUGGUGGUUACAGUUACAGUAGUUCCAGUAGUUCUAGAUCUUUACCGCCAAUCAGGACUGCUACUACUAGUACUAAUGGGCGCUCCACUAGUUGUCCCCAAACUGGUGGUCAAACCCAAAGACUACGCAUGUAUACCGACGGUUCGUGUCAUGGAAAUGGCUACAGUGGAGCCCAGGCCGGAAUCGGUGUCCACUAUCCCGAUCAUCCAGAGUACGAUAUUAGUGAGCCGUUGGCGGGCCGGCCAACCAAUAACAGGGCCGAGAUUACGGCCGCCGCCCGUGGCAUAGAAUUGGCUAAACAAAGAGGCUAUAAUAGUGUUGAGGUCAAUACGGACAGCGAUUUUCUUAUACGAUCGGCCACAGACUGGUCUUACGGAUGGCGUAAUAACGGCUGGAAAAAGAGUGACGGAACUGAUGUGGUCAACAAAGAGGAGUUCAAGAGACUGGACGCCGCAGCCGAGAACAUGGAUGUCAUCUAUAAUAAAGUUGAUGCCCAUCGCGGAAAUGCUGGCAACGAAAAGGCCGACCAGUUGGCCAACAAAGGUAGCCGUAGAAAUAAUUCGUCAUAAUUUAAAUACUUCACUCCGGAGGCAAACUUCUGCUUAAGAUUUGGAAAUUUCUAUACAAUUGUU